GGGUGAAGCAAACAAGUAAGCAAGCGGGGGGGAAUUCAGGGGCACAAGCAGCAGCUCUGACGCCCUUUGCCUUAUAAUCGCACACCGAGACGUCUUUAUUGGCUGCUGGUACUCCACCAGAGAGGGUAGUUGUUAUCUCGAGUAAUCGUACAGUCGAGCCUGGUUGCAUUCCAAUUUGUCUUGGCUCUUUCUCUGCUGUCGGGUGAUUCUUUCGCGCGUCAGCCAUGGAUCCUUACAAGUUCCGCCCCUCGAGCGCCUUCAAUUCUCCGUAUUGGACCACCAACUACGGAGCCCCGGUCUACAACAACAACCAGUCCCUUAAAGUCGGACCGCGCGGCCCGGUGCUUCUUGAGGACUAUCACCUCAUUGAGAAGCUUGCGCAGUUUGACAGGGAAAGGAUUCCGGAGCGCGUCGUCCACGCACGGGGUGCGAGCGCCAAGGGCUUCUUCGAGGUUACUCACGAUGUCUCUCACCUGACAUCCGCCGACUUCCUCCGCGCGCCAGGCGUGCAGACUCCCCUCAUCGUCCGCUUCUCCACCGUCAUUCACGAGCGCGGCUCCCCGGAGACUCUCCGCGACCCCCGUGGCUUCGCGAUUAAGUUUUAUACUCGCGAGGGCAACUUCGACAUGGUUGGGAACAACAUCCCAGUCUUCUUCAUCCGUGAUGGCAUCAAGUUUCCGGAUGUCAUCCACGCGCUGAAGCCGAACCCGAAAACGCACCUCCAGGAGGGGUGGCGCAUCGCGGACCUGUUCUCGCACAUCCCCGAGAGCUGCCACAUGUUCACGUGGCUGUUCGACGACUGGGGUAUUCCUUCCGAUUACCGCCACAUGGAGGGCUUCGGAGUCCACACUUUCAAGCUGAUCAACAAGGCGGGCAAGGAGACGUUCGUCAAGUUCCACUGGAAGCCGACCUGCGGCGUCAAGUUCCUGGUGGAGGAGGAGGCGGUGAUCGUGGGCGGCAGCAACCACAGCCACGCCACGCAGGACCUGCAGGACGCCAUCUCGGCCGGCGAGUACCCCGAGUGGAAGCUCUUCAUCCAGACCAUGGACCCGGCUGAUGAGGACAAGUUCGACUUUGAUCCGCUUGAUGACACCAAGAUUUGGCCUGAGGACCUGUUCCCGCUCCAGCCCGUGGGUCGCAUGGUGCUGAACCGCAACAUCGACAACUUCUUCGCUGAGAACGAGCAGCUGGCGUUCUGCCCGGGUCUCAUUGUCCCGGGCAUUUACUACACGGACGACACCAUGUUCCAGACGCGCAUCUUCUCCUACUCCGACACACAGCGCCACCGCCUGGGCCCCAACUACCUCAUGCUGCCCGUCAACGCGCCCAAGUGCGCGUUCCACAACAACCACCACGAGGGCUACAUGAACUUCAUGCACCGCGAUGAGGAGGUUAACUACUUCCCUUCGGUCUUUGACCCCUCGCGCCAUGCUGCCCCGACGCCAGUCCCCAAGGGCGUGCUGACUGGUCCCAGGGAGAAGAGGGUGAUUGUGAAGGAGAACAACUUCAAGCAGGCUGGGGAGAGGUUCCGUUCUCUGCCAGCCGACAGGCAAGAGCGUUUUAUCAACCGCUUUGUUGCCCUGUUGACUGACCCGAGGACAACCCCUGAGGUUCGCAGUAUCUGGCUCUCCUACUGGGCGCAGUGUGACCAAGGCCUUGCACAGCGCAUGUCACAGAAGCUGUCUUCCAAGGCUGCCAUGUAAAGAGGUUUCAGGGGGGAGUAGGGGGAGAUAUGUGGGUGAUGGUAGGCUUGGUGGUGGGAGAUCUGUGGGUGAUGUCAGGCAGUACAUAAUCGAUACUGGUACUUCGUAGUGAAUCGCUGUGCUCUCUGUAUAUGUACACUUCUUCAUCUACUGAGGGGUUGCAUUGCAGUUAAAACCACAGGCUAAAAUAGCAUUGGUAGGGCUUCAAGAGCGCAGAUCUUGAAAAUAGUUCUUUUGAAAAAAACGGUUUCUUAGUG